ACUCUGCAGACCAGGCCCAUGUCCAGGAGCCUGUAUAAGGAAGGUGAUGUGAUUAUUGGGGGUCUCUUUCCAAUUUAUGUUGAAGCCCCUGAACCUGAUCAGAUGUUCAUACAGAGAGUGCAGGGAAGCCAUUGCCAGAGUGUUGAAUUACGAUCUUACCACUGGCUGCAAACAAUGAUCUUCACAGUGGAGGAAAUUAACCAGAAUCCAUCUCUGUUGCCCAACUUCACAUUGGGCUACCUUGCUGCAGAUACCUGCUUAGCUGAGAGCAGUACACUAAGUGCUGCGUUGGCGAUGGUGACGGGACAGGAGGAGACAGUGUCUGGGGAACGGUGCACAACGGCUCCCAAGGUGCCUGUCAUUAUUGGAGAUGCACGCUCCUCUGCCUCCAUAGUUGUGGCUGAUACCUUGAGUGUUUUUGACAUCCCUAUGGUAAGCUACUUUGCUUCUUGUGCAUGUCUCAGUGAUCGCACCAGGUACCCCACCUUUCUGCGCACAGUUCCUAGCGAUGCCUUCCAGGCUAAAGCCAUGGCCCGGCUGUUGCACCUGAUGGGCUGGACAUGGGUUGGGGUUGUCUCUGGAGAUGAUGUUUAUGGGAAAAGUGGUGUGCAGCUGCUGCUGAAGGAACUAAAGGGUUCAGGUGUUUGCGUAGACUACCAUGAGGUCAUCCCCAAAUCCCAUGCACCCAGUAGGAUUCAACGCAUUGUGGAGAGAAUCCAGAGUUCGAAGGCUCUGGUGGUAGUAACCUUUGCAAUUGGGCCUGAUACUGAGGUCUUGCUGAGAGAAGUGGUGAGAAUGAAUGCCACUCACAGGCAAUGGAUUGCCACUGAAGCAUGGAGCACCUCUACUCACUACUCUACUUGGAGCGGCAUCUCCUUAGCAGGGACCCUUGGUUUUGCCCUGAGGCGGGUUGAUAUCCAGGGUCUGGGCUCAUAUUUGACCCAGUUGAGCCCAGAAGAACACUUAAUGGAGCCACUGGUGCAGAAUGUUUGGGAGGAUGUGUUUGGAUGUAGAUUUGGGGAGCAAAUUCAAUCAGAGUCUCCAAGACCACAGUGCACAGGCUUGGAGAAAGUAGAACAUGGAGAGGCCUAUUUUGAUGUCAUGUAUAAUGUCUAUAAGGCUGUAUAUGCUAUUGCAAAUGCUAUUCAGGACAUGCUGGCAUGUCAGCCUGGCAAAGGACCUUUUGGGAAUGGAGAAUGUCCUGAUAUUAAUCCCAUAAAUCCUAAACAGCUUCUACACUAUCUGAAGGCUGUCCAGUUCACAACACCAGUGGGUGAAAUGGUUGCUUUUGAUGAAAACGGGGAUCCAUCUGCCUCAUAUGACAUAAUUAAUUGGCAUGUAGGGGCUGAAGGAAAAGUGGAGUUUGUCAAAGUAGGACAGUUUGAUGCAGCAAGUGGACCACAGCAAGACUUUCAGCUGGAUCUCAGGAAAGUGUUCUGGGGAGGGGGCUGGGGUUAUGAGGUACCAGUGUCUGUUUGCAGUGAGAGCUGUCCCCCAGGCACCAGGAAAGCUGUACAGAAAGGAAGGCCUCUAUGCUGCUAUGACUGUAUACUAUGCACAUCAGGGGAGAUCAGCAAUGCUACUGACUCUCCAGAGUGCACCAAGUGUCCUGAGAGGUUCUGGUCCAACACUGAACGGACAGAGUGCAUCCCAAUGAUAGUGGAGUUCCUGUCCUUUCAAGAUAACAUGGGCAUCAUCCUUUCAGUGCUUUCAGCUGCUGGAGCAGCUCUUACCAUUACUGUCCUGGCUGCCUUUUUCCGUCAUCGAGACACACCUCUGGUCCGUGCCAACAACUCUGAACUGAGCUUCUUGCUGCUGCUGUCACUUAAACUCUGCUUCCUGUGUGCACUGGCUUUUAUUGGCCAGCCAGCACCUUGGUCCUGCAUGCUACGCCAUACACUGUUUGGGAUUAGUUUUGUGGUGUGUCUGGCUUGUGUGCUCAGUAAAACAGUUGUAGUGCUUGUGGCAUUCAGAGCAACUCUGCCAGGCUCAAAUAUAAUGCGAUACUUUGGUCCUGUUCAGCAGAGGGCAGGUAUUUUCCUCUGUACGCUGAUUCAGGUGGGGAUCUGUGUGUUUUGGCUGGUUCUGGCACCUCCUCUGCCCACAGAAAGUGCAGGAGGUGAGCUUGGCGCAAGGGUGGUACUUCUAUGUGCCGUAGGUUCAGUGGCAGGUUUCUCCCUGGUUCUGGGCUACAUCGGCCUACUGGCUGCUAUCUGCUUCCUGCUGGCCUUCUUUGCACGGAAGCUUCCGGAUAAUUUUAAUGAAGCAAAGUUCAUCACUUUCAGCAUGUUGAUCUUCUGUGCUGUGUGGAUCACAUUUAUUCCAGCAUAUGUCAGCUCUCCCGGGAAGUACACGGUAGCUGUGGAGGUCUUUGCCAUCCUAGCCUCAAGUUAUGGCCUUCUGGUGUGUAUCUUUGCCCCAAAGUGUUACAUCAUCCUACUCAGACCAGAUAAAAACACAAAAAAGAAUAUGAUGUCCAAAUAGUUGAACAAAGGUAAAGACUUUUGGGACAGAUUGCACAAAGAAUAAUAAUGUCGAUUUAGGACUGUUGAAGGCUUCAGAAAGUUAAAUGUGGAAUAAAACUGUAUGCAUAUUAUUUAUUUUUACUCAAAAAGACUCACUAAUGAGUUCCA